CGCCGCGCAUUGAUUCUAAUUCGAAAUGUCUAUUGGCAUGUAGACUGCAGUACCACACAGUGUUGUGACAGCUGUAUAUUUCAAAUGCGGUCAACCUAACCUCAAUCAAAAUCCUUACAAAACAUUCGCUAUGCAGAGUUGUACAUUAUUAUUUAAAUACAAAAGAAAAUUUAAAAUUUUACUUGGCCAUGAUCUCCUAGUCCGUUUUAAGUCGUGUAGUAGUAUAUCAGACAAUUUUAAAUUAAAUGUACUGUUCUUUGGCACCGAUCAAUUUUCACUCCGUAGUCUCAUUCUAUUGGAUAAUUCAGCAAAAUGUAAGAAAUCGAAAAUCAAUCGACUUGAUGUGGUCACAUCGUUCAGGGGUAAAGAUAAUCCAGUGAAACAGUAUGCCGAAAAAAAUGGAAUUGAUUGCUGUGAUUGGCUUACAUUGAAAUCAAAUAGCGCGAAAAUCAAAUACGAUUUAGGUGUUGUGGUGUCAUUUGGCCAUUUGAUACCGGAAAAUAUAAUCAACAUGUUUCCGCAUGGAAUGAUAAAUGUACAUGCUAGUCUAUUGCCACGAUGGAGAGGUGCAUCGCCGAUUAUUUACGCAAUUUUAAAUGAAGAUGCGAUAACUGGAGUGUCCAUAAUGAAAAUUCAUCCAUAUAAAUUUGAUGUUGGCGAGAUUUUGGCGCAGAAAGAGGUGGAAAUCCAGAAAAAUGUAUUAAUGCCGAAUUUACACGAAACACUGGCAAAUGAAGGUGCUCAACUUCUACUGGAUUGCAUCGAACACGCUCCAGAUAGCUUUCAGAAAGUGAGGGAGCAAAACAACAGUGGUGCUACUUACGCUCCAAAAGUGCCCGAAUCAAUGGCCCAAAUUAAUUGGCAAGUGAUGACAGCAAGAUAUGUGUGUAAUUUGUACAGAGCAUUGUACUCAUUCAAAUGGCUAACCACAUACUGGCACAAGCGACGUGUGAAAAUCAGAGAGCUUGACCUGUCUAGUGAUACCACAGAGGAGGCAAAUCCAGUCAAACGGCCGGGUUGUGUAGAAUAUGAUAAAGCCAAUAAAUGCCUGCGUGUGUACUGUAGUGAUGGCCAUUUCAUUCGGAUAAAGCAAUUGGUCCUUGAAGGAAAAUCUGUGAUGUCGGCUGCCGAUUUUAACAACGGUUUUCUCAAAAAAGUCGAUCCAACACAACGCAUUUUCACGUAGCAAAUUGUAAAUUGUAUUGUUUAAAUAAAGAAAUGUCAGAGAAUUUUUUUUCUGAUUAAAAACUUCGAUUUUA